GUGUGUGGUUUCCAUGUUGAACACCCAACCCUUCAUUAGCAGUUGUGUAUCAGACCGGUAGAAGAUACCAGAGGCUCAGGAGACGAGUUCUUCCUCUUAAAGGGUUUGUUGUGUUUCCUGCUAAAGACUCAGGCGGUUACACUCCUCUCCUGUGUGAGUCUGUGUGAGUGUGUGUGAGGAUGAAAACCCGGUUUCCUCUUCUUCUUCUUCUUCGUGGACCUGCUGCUCUCUCACAUCUCAAGCAGCUCACAGUGUUUUUCCAGACCCGGUGCAGGUGAGAUGAGAAUCCAGGCGACUGGGAGCGAUGGAGACUCCUUCUCUCUGGCCGGAGCUCCUCUGGGGAUCUGGAGGAGGAUGGAGCGAGGAGGGGAGAGUCCCAUCACCCAGGACAGCCCUGAGCGGAGGGGGGGCAGCCCCGACCUCAGCGGCCUCCCACCUCCAGGGAAGAAGGGGCGCUUCGAGCUCAACGGGAGCCCCCCCGGGCCCCGCCUGCGCCACAACGGAGCGCCGCUGAGGCCCCUGGGAGGUCUGAUGAUCCCGGUGUUCUGCGUGGUGGAGCAGGCGGACGGAGGGAUUCAGACGGACGGGUGCGAGGGGCGGGAUGAGCACGCCGAGUUCGUGCUGGUCAGGAGGGACAUUCUCUUCUCCCAGCUGGUGGAGACGGCUCUGCUCGCACUGGGCUACUCCCACAGCUCCGCGGCACAGGCCCACGGCAUCAUCAAGGUGGGACGGUGGAACCCUCUGCCCAUCCACUUCCUGUCCGACGCUCCGGAGGCGACCGUGGCCGACAUGCUGAUGGAGGUUUACCACAUGGUCACGCUGCGUAUUCAGCUGCAAAGCUUCUCGAAGCUGGAGGACCUUCCCUGUGAGCAGUGGAACCACGCCACCGUCAGGAACGCUCUCAAAGAGCUGCUGAAGGAAAUGAACCAGAGCACUCUGGCCAAAGAGUGUCCUCUGUCACAGAGUAUGAUCUCCUCCAUCGUGAACAGUUCUUACUAUGCCAACGUCUCCACGGCCAAGUGUCAGGAGUUUGGACGCUGGUACAAGAAGUAUAAGAAGAUGAAAGUCGAUUAUCUGGAGAAGAUGUGGUCAGGACGAGACGCUGCUGACAUCAAAAUCGAGCGAGACAACAUGGCCGACUUCUGUAUGCUGGGUCAGAGACCCCCUCCUCACCUGGCCGGCCUGGCCCAGCUCAGUCACCUGGGAGCGGGCAGCCCACUCCUCAAAGCCGUGUCCGGAGACCCGAGCUCGCAGCCCCUGCAGCAGCCUCCACCCCCCCAGCAGCAGCCCUCGCCACACGGCCCCCAUCAUCACAGCCCUCCUCUGCGCACGGGCCAGGUGCCUCCUCCGCCCCCGCCGCCCCCGCCCGGCGCCAUGCAGCCCCUGCUGGGGCCAGGUGGGCUGCUGUCGCCUCAACUGUCCCCGCAGCUGGUACGUCAACAGCUCGCCAUGGCCCACCUCAUCAACCAGCAGCUAGCCGUUAGCCGCCUGCUGGCCCACCAGCACCCGCAGGCCCUCAACCAGCAGUUCCUCAACCACCCGCCCAUCCCUCGGGGCUUGUCCAAAGUCGGCGACCAUCCAGGGAGCAACCCCUCGUCCGCCGAAGUCUCCUCUGAAAUCUACCAGCAGGUCAGAGACGAGCUGAAGAGAGCUAGUGUCUCCCAGGCCGUGUUCGCCCGUGUGGCUUUCAACCGCACACAGGGUUUGCUGUCAGAGAUCCUGAGGAAGGAGGAGGACCCUCGCACGGCCUCCCAGUCGCUGCUGGUCAACCUCAAAGCCAUGCAGAACUUCCUCAACCUGCAAGAGGUCGAGAGAGACCGGAUCUACCAGGAGGAGAGAGAGCGGACCAUGAACCCCACGGUCGGCCUCCCUGCCUCCAACUCCUCCAACCCCGGACCUCCACGCCUCUCACAGAAAGUGUGGGAGAGAAGCCUGGACGACCAGAUAACCCCUGAUACCUGGGCCUCCAUCUGGAAGAACAAGACUAAGAUCUUGAACUCGCCCAAACCGUCCUGUCCGGCCGCCGAGCUCCCGCUGAAACUGGAGUCGCUGGUCAACAUCACGUCGGGCGUCUACGAUGAAAUCCAGCAGGAGAUGAAGAGAGCGAAGGUUUCCCAGGCUCUGUUCGCCAAAGUGGCCGCCAACAAGAGUCAGGGUUGGCUGUGCGAGCUGCUGCGGUGGAAGGAGAACCCCAGCCCGGAGAACCGCACGCUGUGGGAGAACCUGUGCACCAUCCGGAGGUUCCUGGCGCUGCCGCAGGCCGACAGAGACCUGGCGUACGAGGAGGAGUCCAGACACCAUCACUCCGAGAGGCUGCACACCGUCCUCCACCUGCCGCAGGAGACACAGGUAGAAACCAGAGACUCUCUACAUGGACCUCACACGUCCAGAUGGGACCUGAGGGAACAACCUGGGAUUCAAAUGUGUUCCUGGGGAAAUCAGAUUCAUCUCACACAUAAUCUAAUUUUAUAUUUAUCUAUAAUUUAUUUUAAACACUUAAUUACACACAAAAUGACGGUCAGAGUCGAGGAGGAGUCAGAGGCGGUGAAGGUGAAAAGAGCCAAAACCACCGAGGUUCUUCUGACAUCAGAUCCUUGUUCUGGAUUAAAGCUCCUCGGACUCAUCGCUCAUGCGGUGUCAGAAGUCAUCAGGGUGAGGCUGAGCGGCGACCUCAUGACCCCCAUCAGAGAUCAGAAGUGA